AUGGUUGCAAUAAUCUCAGAACCAUCUGAAUACGACGAGACUCUCGCCCGAGAUGAGGGUUUGGGUCAAUUGUUCUAUCAGCGGGUGACCGAAGCUCCCUCGUCAAUCGCGGUUGCUGCUCCGGACGGCCAGAGUCUAACAUAUGAAACCGUGCACAACAAAGCCGCCGAGAUAGCGCAGGCUCUCCACCAGGCCGGUUUUGGAGUUGAAGAGCGUGUUGGCAUUCUCGUCCAGCACAGCAUCUGGGAUGCUAUCACUCAAGUUGCCAUCCUCUAUGCUGGGGGGACUUGCGUGCCCUUGGAUCCUCUUCUUCCCGAUCAGCAGAUUCAAGACCGACUCGAACGCAUCGGAGCCCGCCAUGUGCUGGUGGACGCAGCCAACUUCGCGCGGAAUCUCCCUUCCUUGACAAUGGUUCCCCUCGGCGAGAAGUUUUGCAACGGGCCACUCACCAACGGGGCGCUACAGGCAGCUAGCCGCUAUCCUCUUCCAACAAGACUGACUCAUGUCACGCACCUACUUCACACCUCGGGCACCACGAGCACACCCAAGGCUGUUCAAAUUGCUGCAGGCUCCAUUCUCCAUGUAGCAUAUCAUGCGCCGUUUGAACCGGUCCGGCGGUCAGAUGUGGUGGCUCACUCGAACCCCAUCAGCUUCGAUCUUGCCCUGUUUGAUAUCUGGGUGCCACUCCUCUCCGGCGCCUGUAUUCAGGUGUUGAACAGGGCGACCCUCCUAGAUAUACCCGCACUAGCGGAUGCGAUCCGACAACGAGGGGUCACUGUCAUGGCCACGACGACGGCAUUAAUCAAUCUCACGGCGGCGACGUGUCCGACGGCAUUUGAACCGUUGCGCCUACUCCUCACGGGUGGCGAGGCAGCCAAUCUACAGGCCAUCGAGGCGAUCUUUUCUGCAGGUCGUCCAGGCCGUUUUAUCAACGCGUACGGGCCGACAGAAUGCUGUGUUUUUUGCCAUGUGCACGAGAUCACCACCGAGGAUAUGGCUGCUGGCAAAGUGAGCAUCGGCUUGCCCAUCGGUCGUAAUGUUUGCUGCGUGUGCGAUGAGGAAGGCCGCUUGGUGCCUGACGGGGAAGAAGGCGAAUUGGUUGUCGGUGGCCCCGGCGUAUCACCGGGCUAUCUCGACCAACCAAAGAAGAAUGCGGCCAGUUUUAUCACAGUCCCAGGCAUGGUGGACCCGAUGACUGGGACUCCUUAUCGAAUGUACCGCACGGGAGACUUGGUGCGACGCCGCCUGGAUGGUGACGGUCAGUAUGAUUUUGCGGGCCGCCGGGAUCACCAGGUCAAGGUCCGCGGGUACCGUGUUGAACUUAAUGCCAUUGAUGCAACGCUCAUGCAAACGGGCCACUUUGCAGACACAAUCGUCAUGCGAAUUGACUCGAGCGAGAUUGGUGCCGGCGCUGCUCUUGUAGCAUUUGUUGUCCUCCACGAUCCCUCGAUGGCAGGCUCGGCCAUUGAAGAUGCGCGCUCAACGUUGCUGGCAACUCUCCCUGAGUAUAUGGUUCCGCACAUCGAAGUGGUACCAGAAAUGCCCCUAAACGCCCACAACAAAGUAGACCGCCGCCAACUGGAGGAGAUGUACCGCAAACGGCGGGAGCAGCACCUAUACACGCUGAACAAAGAUACAGCGAAGAUGCAGACCCGCGAGCACCUUAGCCGCUUCUGGGCAACAAUCCUGGCCACUCCCAUCCCCCAAUAUAGCGACGACGAUGACUUCUUCAAACUCGGGGGGACUUCCUUGCAGGCGUCAUUGUUGAUUAGUCGCAUUAGGAAAGAGCUUCACACAGACAUCUCUCUUCUCACGCUCUAUGAGAAUUCAACGUUGGGCUCCCUAUCCUCUGUCGUCGAUUAUUCUCGCGGGGGCUCGAUGGAUACGGUCCGGAAUGAACAGGAUGUGUGGGUUGCUGACACCAAGGUUGCCGAUGGAUUGAAGCUUCCCGAUGGACCAGUGGUCGACUGGCGUCGUGAUACUGAAGGUCGCGUUUUCCUCACGGGAGCGACUGGAUUUGUGGACACGUUUUCCUCCAAGAUUCUUGUGCUUUGCGGCACGCUGGAAGACCAGUGGCUAGGGCUUGGUGAAGAACGGUUCCUCGAAGUUGCGGAGUGGGCCAGUGUGGUUUUUCAUCUCGGGGCGCGGGUCAACUAUACGCAACCGUACUCCUUGCACCGACCGGCCAAUACGAUAGGAACGGUAAACGUCGUGCGGUUGGCAAUUGCUAAGCGGCUCAAGGGUGUGCAAUACUGUUCGAGCAUUUCGUGCUUUGGGCCCACAGGGCGUAUAACGGGGUCGAAGAUUGUCUAUGAGGACGCAUCAUUAGCUCCUCACGUCGAAGCCCUUCCAUACGACCACGGAUACUCGCAAAGUCACCAUGUUACACAUAUCCGAGUCUGUCUUCUCUCUGGGCCACUCGUUCCAUCUACUCCCUCGACGAUCGGUGUCAAUUGA